AUGCCUCCUCCAGUCCAAUCAGCGUACAAGCGCGUUGCUCAACCCGUCGCCGAUGAGAAUGGGUAUAAACCAUGCCAGUCUGGGAAAUCCGAAGUUCUACCUAAGGGCUGGAAAGGGUUCAACGCGAAGCCCUUGCAAAGCGACAUUCAGAUUGACCACGAUGUCGAGAUCGUGGUUCGCGAUGGUGUUCGCCUUUACGCCGACGUUUAUCGACCAGCAAAUUCAACCGAGAAGGUCCCCGCUGUGCUGAGCUGGUCAUUCUAUGGGAAAAAGUAUAGCGCACUUGACAUGCUUCCUAUGUGUGUUUGGAAUUGCUGCGUCGGGCGUUCUGACCUGAGUGGGUUGGAAAAGUUCGAAGGUCUAGACCCGCAAGCUUGGUGUCCGCGUGGAUAUGCAAUCGUCAGCGUUGAUACUCGUGGUGCUGGGCACAGCGAUGGACAAAUAUGUGUUAUGGGAACGCAAGAUGCGGAGGAUGGUUACGACGUUGUCGAGGCCAUUGCGAAGAUGGACUGGUGCAAUGGAAACAUUGGUAUGGCAGGAAAUUCUGCUCUUGCUAUUUCACAAUGGUUCAUCGCUGCCCAACAACCUCCUUCACUGAAAGCCAUUGCGCCGUGGGAGGGCUCCGGUGAUAUCUAUCGAGAGCAGUUCUGCCGCGGUGGUUGGUUCUCUAUGAGCAACUUUGACCUUAUCGCCAAUGCCAUCGUCCGCGGAACCGAAAAGUCCGGUCUCGAGGACUUUGAAGAGAUGUACCGACGCUCCAAUGUUUCCAGUGCCUUCUGGGAAGAUAAGAGAGCCGACAUCACGCGGGUUCAGUGCCCUGUGUAUAUCCGAGGAUCAGAUGUGAGCUCUAUUCACACUAUGGGCUCUAUCCGUGGUUGGUUGGAGGUCCCUCACGAUAACAAAUGGAUUCAAUGGGGAAGCAAGCAGGAAUGGUAUGAGCUAUAUAGUGUUCCCGAGUCUAAUGAAGAGUUAGGGUUAUUCUUUGAUCGGUAUCUCAGGGGCAAGGAGAAUGACUGGGAAAAGACACCCAAGGUCCGUUGGUCAGCCCUUCAAUUUGGUGACCGAGAGGCAAUCGAUGAUAUCGUCCUCGAGGACUUCCCUGCUCCUUCAACUGAAUACCGAGAGUUCUUCCUCAACGAUAACAAGCAGCUGUCAGCAAGCGUUCCAUCAAAGGCAUUUAAUAUUUCUUAUGACUCCGAGGAUCGCCACAGUGUUGCUGAAUUUAACUACACAUUCGAGAAGAAGGGACGUCUUAUUGGGUUGCCUAAGGCAGUGCUAUACAUGUCUUGCAAAGAGCGUGAUGACUUCACGGCCUUUGUUAUCCUCCGCAAGAAGGAUAAGAAUGGCAAAGAGUUAAUGCAUCUUAAUUUCCCAUUUGAUGCAACCCCAGUCAAUUCCAUUGAUGAGAUCCCGGAGGCUCAGCAAGCAAGUCUCAAUCUACAUCUAGGAUCAGUUGGAAUCCUGCGUGCCUCGCAUCGCGAAAUUGACUCUUCCAAGAGCAUUCACCCUCAAUUUCCCUUCCAUCCACACAAACGGCAGGACAAGGUCGCACCGGGCACAAUUGUGAAGCUAGAGAUUGGUAUUUGGGCAAUGGGAGUGGACUUUGAAGAAGGCGAAUCCAUCAGCGUGAAGAUCGGUGGCCAAUACCCCAGCAUUGCGGAAUACAAGACCUUUUCCCGUCCGAGACCCGAGCACGAAUUAAACCGUGGGGCCCACACGAUUUAUUGCAGCGAGGAGUAUCCCAGUUCUGUUAUUUUGCCUUUUAUUUAG